GUUUUCUCCUCUAUUCAGAUUGAAUCGGUCCAGUUACUGUUAGUUGAAAGAGCCGAGGAGCCAGAAAAAAGGAGAAAUCUUUUGAGAAAAACGUAAGUGUGGAUAGGAUUGUUUUUGCGAUUGAUUAGUGGCAGUUUUGUACGGAGAUUAUGCGCUAAAUAAACCAGAUAAAGAACGCGAGGGUUUUGCUGUGCGCGAUGCUCAGGCUUCGCGUUUUUGAGGAUGCACAAGAGCAGAAGUACACAGGGAUGCCUCGGCUGAACGUGGACAAACAGGGCGUCUGUUACAAUGAUGAAGGCUCCUUGCUUUUUGUUUUGAAUCUGAGCCAAACACGCAGGACCACGGCACUGUUUGGUACGGACUUAGAGCAACGUCGUGGUGUUUUCCUCUUAUGAAGACCAUUGCGCAGUGCAGGGAAAACGGGACGUCGUGUUGUGGGUUAGGAAUCCGUGGUGACUAUAUUAACCAGUCUGCUGCAUCUUCUGUUGGUCACCUCUUCCCCAGAACUGCUUCUAGACAUCAACCAGACCGUGUUGUUGUUGAUGUCAACGUGAGGGGCUUGCGUGCAGAGGGAGAGCCGCUCUCUGAGGAAACAGAUGAGAGGCAAACAGUACCAUCCACCACUGAAGUUGUCAGCGCCCUGGGAGAAGGAUGCUGGCUUUGGGAGGAAGCUCAAGACUUACAGGAAUCAUACCAAGAUAAUAGCACAGCCCGGGAUCGUGAUGAAGGUCCUGCGCAGGAAGAGGAUUGUUUUAUUCAUGGCCUAUUUCCUCCUGCUGGUCCUCACCAUGCUCAAUUUGGCUAAUUAUAAAUGGACUAAAGAGCCACAGCAGUGUAAUCACCAGAUGAGGAGCACCACGUAUCAGGGCAGAUCGGACAUCCGCUUUCUGUACAGGCCCUCACUGGCUAAAAAGAGACAGCUCAUCUACGUGCUGACCACCUGGAGGUCCGGCUCAUCCUUCUUCGGCGAGCUUUUUAACCAAAACCCUGAAGUGUUCUUCUUGUACGAGCCCAUGUGGCACAUUUGGCAGAAACUGUAUCCGGGUGAUGCCGUGUCGUUACAGGGCGCAGCCAGGGACAUGCUCAGCUCCCUGUAUCGCUGUGAUCUGUCCGUCUUUCAACUUUACAACAGCCCUGGGGGGAAGAAUUUUACCUCUUUGGGACUAUUUGGAGCCACCCUUAAUAAAGUGGUGUGCUCCUAUCCCCUGUGCUCUGCUUACAGAAAGGAGGUGGUGGGGAUGGUGGAUGAUAAGGUGUGUAAAAAGUGCCCCCCUCAAAGCCUUAGACUGUUGGAAGAGGAGUGCCUAAAGUACAACACAAUAGUCAUUAAAGGGGUACGCAUUUUGGACAUAAAUGUUUUGGCUCCGCUCAUGGAGGAUCCCUCACUGGAUUUAAAAGUGAUUCAUCUGGUCCGAGACCCGAGAGCCGUGGCCAAUUCCCGGAUCAAAUCCAGACACGGCUUGAUUCGGGAGAACUUACAGGUGGUCCGCAGCCGGGACCCUAAACUGCGCCGGAUACCAUUUGUAGACCCAGGUCACAAGGCCAAUAAGAAAGAUGGCUCAGACUACCACUCUAUAGGUGCCAUGGAAGUCAUCUGCGACCGAACUUCGAGGACUUUACGGAGUGCCCUGAACCCACCCAGCUGGCUAAAGGGGAAGUAUAUGGUGGUGCGGUAUGAGGACCUAGUAGAAAACCCAGUGAAAAUUUUACGAAACAUCUACCGCUUUGCCAACCUCUCAGCUAACCACGACAUCGAGCUUUUUGCGUUAAAUAUGACCAGUGGGUCUAGUUCAUCAUCCAAGCCGUUUAUAGUGUCAUCCAGAAAUGCCACGCAGGCUGCAAGUGCAUGGAGGACUGUGUUAAGCAUCCAGCAAAUUAAACAGGUGGAGGACUACUGCCACCAUGCCAUGUCCGUGCUGGGCUACGAGCGGGUCAGAACAGCUGGGGAGGCCAAGGACUUGAGCAAAUCACUACUGACACACUCCAAACUGUGAAACCCAUCACCAAAGACCUUUUAAUUUAAUAUCCAUUUUACAUUGAGUGCCGAUUCCUCUCAUUGUGGAAUAAAGCUUUAUGUUUCAGUGUCUGAGGAGUUCCACUGGCUACUUUGGGAAUGUAUUUUUUCAUUUGAUGGGACCACUUUUUUACUGGAAUACUGGAUGUGUUUGAUAAUGCAAGGCCUCCAAAAGUGACUUGAAUAUUGAGGGAAACAGCCGAAUCAUAUGAUCUUUAAAGUGGAUUUCUGAAUGUUCGAAAGCUUACUAAAAUGUCCCCAUUCUGUCUGUAAAAGUGAAACUAGUGGAUAAAUGAAAAAAAAAAAUCCCAUUGAUGAUUAUGUCUAUUUGUAACACCUGGUCCAAGUCAGAGACAAUCAAAGUUAAUACAGUUGUCGAUGUGCCAUAGUUAGGAUACGAGCAGACGCCAUGCUUUCUCCAAACACAUGAGGGAUGUUUUUCAUUAUUGUCACCAAAUAUUUGUAGGGUGAUUUCAUGCACUGUGGACAAUGUCAAGAGCUCUACAGCUGGAGAAGUCGAUUUCCAGUGUCACCGUGAGCAGUCUGUCCAACCAUCUCAAAUGUUUACAAUUGCUUGCUCUUAGAAAACAACAUGAUCUGGGAUUAUUGCAUUGAGUAAAGUUCACAGUUGAAGUAA